AUGGAUACAUCCUCUGAUGUUCCGGUUCUUUCUUUCCCUGCCAUUCUGCGAAACCCUGGGUUAAGUAACCGUUUCGCUCACCUUCAUGGGCCAUCUGUAACAGGUAACAAUGCCAAGCAGCAAGCUAAUUCAAGAGUUUCGGUGAAAAAAACUAGGAGGGAGAACGAAGGGAAGCGCUGGGUUCGGCGCAAAGAUAAUUCACGAUUCGUUGGAAACCCACAUGUCGUGGCUGCCUCGAAACGAGACUAUAAUGUGCAGCUUCCACAGGUUCAGUCGACAUUCCCAGAACCUCUCCCUGCUUAUCUUCCACGAAUUGUAAAGCUACCCACUACUCCGACGUUGCCUACCACCGACCCAGGUUCUGCCAAUGCGGGCCGUUUCUCUCUUAGUUUGAAAGGCAUGCGGAGGGAUUUACGCAGAGCUGGAGGGAAAGCAGAAGCUCUUGUAAAAGAUGUUGAAUCUGAAAUGGUUCAAUGGUUGACUCUCGGAGGGGUUGUACUUUCUCCUGAUCACCCCACCUCUGCAGUAGGGGUUGGUGAAGCCCAGUCUGUUGGCACUCCCGUCGGAGUGACAGGCGCAAUAACGGAAGUCUCUAGGACACCGCUGCAACUUGUCUGGCGCAUCACGGAUGAUGCUUUUGCUCGAUACGUUGUACACUGUUGCGCCAGGUACCAUGAAGUUGUCUCUUACAGCAAAGGUACUGGCGACAACCGCAUGACCUAUCUUUUGCGCCCGAACGUUACACGGCCGGAUCGCAGGGCACCUGCAUCUCUAGAAACGCCUCCAGUAACUGAUAUUGACUAUUCGUCAAAUCCUGACACAGACAUCGACUCCGACUUCAUCUCAGACCGGGACGUGGAGUCCGAUAUGGAGUUGGAUAGUCGUCCCCGUGCACACCACCUCACAGCCAUAGAUGAGUCACCUGCGUCUGUAACUGCACAGUUACCUUCAUUAGACGAGGAAGAUUCAUGGUCACAAGUCGACGAAGACGGGGAGUCCGAUUUCGAUGGGUUCGACUCGACCUCAGAAUUUGGGAGUGCUAGCAUUGAGUUCCUCCACCCGAGACUGGAAGCUCUCUCAAUAAAUGAUUGCACCAGAAAUCAGGAUCUUACGCAUGAACUUCCCGAGCAGUCAAUCGACGCCGAUAAAACAGUGACAGAGAUUGAUCCACAAGUAUCACAAGCCAUCGAUCCUUCACGUUAUACUCGCGAUAGGCUACCGUCUGGUCGUUCCCCUUCAUCCCCUUCUCGCUCUCCAGCACGGUCGCGUAUCCCCAGGCGGAGAGCCAGAGGAAAGAAACGCAUCAUGACCGUUGGUAUUGGAAGUGGGAGGACUUUCUAUGAAUAUUUGUUUAUGUGA